ACACAAGCAAACGGCGGCAAGCAAGGCAAGUUACCUCAGUCACUUACCGCACUACUCAGCACAGCUAGCAGUUAGUGAAACAGUCAAUGCUUGAAACACGCUCACCAAAGCCAAACGCCAGUCAGUCGACUGUUGACGUUCCUGGAGAGAGUUAUAUCACGGUGCGAGCUGGUGAACGUGACGCCAUUGAAUAAUUACAUAUAUUUGUUUAAAAGCAACUAAUGCUUUUUUUUUUACCUUUUUUUAUUCAACACUAUUUUUUCUGUACAUACAUACAGACAAAAGUAGGUAUAUGGCGAUGUAUGAGUAAAUAUGUGCCGGAAAACGAGUGUGUUAUAUGCAAAUUGUUGAGUGUCGGGUAAAAGAUAUUUUGUGUUGUCAGCGCGGAUGACUUUACCUAUAGCGGGAAUUGUAUGUGAAAAAUUGCGGGUUUUUCGAAAUAUAAAUAAAUUACUUGCAGCAUAUGUAUAUAUGUGUGAAAUAAAUAAGGCGCUAAGUCUGCAGGAAAACUGCGCCAAUUUCGGUGGAUUUGGAUAUUUUAAUGUGCUCGAGGCAAAAGAUAAUAAGAAAUAUAUAUUUUUUUGGAGCAAGAAGUGCGAUUAAAGUGGAAACAAAUAUAAUUAAUAACUAAAAGUUAAAAAAAUUAACUCAAAAUUUUUUUAAACUAAAACAUAUUUCUUUAUUUUUAUUUCUUGAAAAUAAAAAAAGGAUUUCAAAAUAUAAUAAUAAUACUAGAAUAUUUCAAAUGUGUAAGGUGCAUAAAAAGGAAACGCAAAAUAAGAAAAACGCCAAAAACACACAUACCUGCAUACAGAAGCGUGUAAAAAGUUAGCAGUCAACAAAUUGGUGGCGACAUUCAAUUGCCUGCUGUGUGUUAUUUGUUGGUACAUACAUAAAUACAUAUGUACAUAGAUAGUUCUAAAAACCGCCUGCACGCUUACUAAUAACAAACCGGCUUUUGUCGAUGACGUAGCAAGGUGAAUCGGUGCACACACAGCGAAAACGUAUAAACGCUUAUGACGCGAACUUAUGUACCAUAUGUAUGUUCCAGUGUACUAAGCGAGAGACAGCGAGUUCAUUAAGCAUUUUUUAUAUAAAUACAUAUGUAUAUACAUAUAUACAUACAUACAGCUACAUAUGUAUAUAUGGAAGUGUAUAAAAACUAGCUAAUAAGAAGACGUAAGAGCAAAAACAACAAAUAAUAAUUUUUUUUCGCAUUUCCUUUUAAAUAUUUCGUAACUGACAGUCUGUGUUGUCGCUGGGAAAGAGAUCGUUUUACAAACACAAAGUAGACAGAUCAAAUAUAUAUAUAUAUAUAUAUAUAUAUAUAUAUAACAUUUACACACAUAUACAAGUACUUAUAUAUGUACAUAAAUAUAUCCUUAUUAAGAAAAAUAUUAGUGGAACGCAUUGCGCUGUUGGCAAGUAGGCAAAUAGAGAGCAUAAUAAUAUGAUAGAGUUAGUGACAAGAAUGGCUGCAGCAAAAGCAACAACAACAACAACAACAUUAGCAACAACCACCACAACAGAAACAGCACUAUCUUCAAAGUCAGCAGCAACGAACACAACCACCGAUAUGCAUUUUAACGCCGCAAACAGUGAGCGCAAACGCAGCUGCCACACGCCGCAAUCCAUCAGCUGUUGCAGUCAUAAUUAUCAACAAAAUAAUGAUAAUAAUUAUCAGCAUAAAAAGAAUCAUAAUCAGUUUAGUAAAAAUAUGAAGCAUAACCACCGCAACAAUUACAAUCUUCCACCGUUAUUUGCAUUUAAUCGGCAUCUGAUCCAUGCCACACUUCUACUUCUAGUCUGCGCCGUGUGCAACUGUUGCGCCGGCGGUGUUGGCAGCAAUGAAAGUUUAGCUUACGCGCCUGUCCGGUCACGCCCAUUGCAGCGGCGGCACACGACCGCGAUCGUUAAGGACAACAAUGCCGACACGGACGACGCGAAUCUGGUUUUUGUAUAUAAAUGCUGUGAAAAAUUCGAAAUUCAUGUGGACGGCCUUUGCACGCAGGUCAAUGAGAGUGAGUACUUCCAACCCAUGUUUACCAACUAUCAGGGUAUACACAAUGUACCGGUGAAAUUCAAGUUCGUUAUUGGCAUACCGGCUUGUGGCACGAUGCAGUCAUGGCCCAUAUAUCAUUACCAAGGUAGCGCUGAUCAGCUGGUGCUUUUGGAUGAUGGCAAAUUACGCCAUUACACUAACUCUAAUGAAGAAGAAGAUGAGCUCUACGAGCACACAGAUUACGAUGCAGACUUGGAUGAUGAACGAAAGUCACUCUUUCAUGAUUAUGCGGCGGGGCAAUAUUGCAUAGAUAAGGCCAUUUCAACAACGGGUCAGCAUAAACAAGUGCUCUAUGCGAACAUUUGUUUGGCAAAAAGAGAAAUUAAAUGGUCGGAUACAACAUUUUUACUGCGCAAAGUAAUAAAUCCCAUUUUGCAUGGCAUAUCCUUAAUACUUUUAUUGCUCAUAUCGAUUAUCUACUUUAUACUGCCUACAUUGCGUGAUCUGGUAGGCAACAUUAUAACCACCAUAGCGGUUUGUUUGAUGACGGUGCAAGCGGCGGAUUUUGUGCGCAUCUUCACGGAGUUCUCGAACCACGUCAGCUUCAUUGUAGCAGAUAUAAUACUGUACAUCAGCUUGCUGGGUGCGUUCUUUUGGCUCAAUAGCUUCGGUUAUUAUAUUUGGAAGACAUUCCGUUCACGUAAUGUCUUUCUGCGUGUCACCGAUGGACGCAAAUAUUGUUAUUAUUCCGCAUAUGCUUGGGGCUUGACAGCGCUAAUGGCUGCUUUGGCGGUAUUUGCGCAUUUCUUUCUCGACGCCGAUUCGUAUAAGGAACAAAAUGUUAUAGGCGAUCAGCAGACAAUCGGUUGGCUGGGCAUUUGGAUAUUUUUUGCGCCCAUCGCAUGCCUAAUACUAAUCAAUAUCUUCUUCUAUGUGACCACAUUGAAGCUUAUCAAUCGCCGAAAUGUCUAUGGACGCAUACAGCAUAAGCUGCGUGCGAAUUUCAUCAUGUUCUCUUGGAUGCUGCUAAUCAUGUCGAUUGCGUGGCUCUUCUUUGUGCUUUCGCUAAUGCCUUAUGAAGGCCUACUCUACGCGCACAUACUAGUCAAUGCUGCGCAGGCGCCGCUGCUACUCUAUAUAUGUGUAUUGCGUCAGAAACAAGUUACAUUCCUGUUGAAAAAGUCAUGCUGCUAUAAUGAACCGCCAUCGGCCAAUGAUUGGGGCGAUGAAUUGCAUUAUAUGAAUUGUAAUGAUUACUGAGAUAAGGCGCGCGUUAAGAACGCGCCCAAACAAACGCAACCAACGUUGACACAGCAGUCAACGUGCAUAUUUCCCGAUGGCAUACCAAUCGUGUCAGUGAUUGUGUACCGGCACACGACGGUUUAAGUGGAUUCAAGGGAAUGCCUUGGAAAUUUGUGUGUAUUGGUGUUUUGCUGUUAAACUCUGGAGUCUGAUCAAAUGUUUAGUUGUAAGAUUGAGUAAAUCAAUACAAUUGUACAACACUAUACCAAUAAUAAGGGAACUCUCAUUAAUUUUAAUAUUUUUAUAACUGUAUCACAUUGUACGCGAUAUUCAAAUUUCGAAAUUACAUGCAGAUAACUCAUUAAACGCCUAAGAAGUGUACUUAAGCAUUGAAAAUUUUAAUAUUUCUCGAAAUUAUAAAUAAUACUAAAACUAUGUGAGAAGACUUUAAACUAACGUAGUUUAAGUAAUUUUAAUAAAACUAAGCUAUAAGUUGACUGCCUAAAAUUUCUUGCAUAAUUAAGUAGUUUGUAGGCUGCACAAGGAUUGCCGAAACAUAAAUCAGCUUACACUUGAGUUUUUGCUGUUGUUAUAAUUAGAAUUUUGAGGUUAACUGCUAUGGGUUAGAAAAAAUAAACAGGGUUUCACUAUAGUCCAAGACUGUAAACGCUGAGAAAAUAUUUUCUGCUGCUACAUAAACAACAACAACAAAUUAAACUAAGCAAAGCAGCAGUUUGAUUACCUAUCAUUACGAUAGUACAAAAUCUAAUUUCCAAGCAUAUAAAAAAUAAACAAUUUAACUCAUA